AUGGUGAUUUCCUUCAACAGGAAGCAAUCAAUCUCCUGGAGCCCAUGACCAAUGACCCGGUGAAUUACGUCAGACAGGGCGCUCUGAUCGCCUCUGCUCUGAUCAUGAUCCAACAGUCGGAGGUCACCUGUCCAAAGGUGAACCAGUUCCGCCAGCUCUACUCAAAGGUGAUCAACGACAAGCAUGAUGAUGUGAUGGCCAAAUUUGGGGCCAUUCUGGCUCAAGGCAUCCUGGAUGCAGGUGGGCGUAACGUGACGAUCUCUCUGCAGUCUCGCACAGGACACACACACAUGCCGUCUGUGGUGGGCCUGCUGGUCUUCACCCAGUUCUGGUUCUGGUUCCCGCUCUCUCACUUUCUCUCCCUGGCCUUCGUACCCACAGCCAUCAUCGGCCUCAACAAGGACCUGAAGAUGCCGAAGGUGCAGUAUCGCUCCAACUGCAAACCCUCCACCUUCGCCUAUCCUCCACCCCUGGAAGUCCCGAAGGAGAAAGAGAAGGAGAAGGUUUCCACCGCCGUUCUGUCCAUCACGGCUAAAGCCAAGAAGAAGGAAAAGGAGAAGAAAGAGAAGGAGGAGGAAAAGAUGGAAGUGGAAACGCAGGCAGAGGCCGAAAAGGAGAAGAAAGACGAGGAGAAGGAGAAGGAGAAGGAAAAGGAAAAGGAAAAAGAGAAGAAGAAAGAGCCAGAGCCAAGCUUCCAGAUGCUGGAGAACCCAGCGCGUGCGAUGCCAGCCCAGCUGAAGGUCCUCACCAUGCCGGACUGCAGAUACCAGCCCUUCAAACCCUUACACACAGGUGGCAUCAUCAUCUUGAAAGACACCAGUGAGGAAGAGGAGGAGCUUGUGGAGCCCGUUUCUGCUCACGGCCCCAAGAUUGAGGAGGAGGAGCAGGAGCCCGAGGCCCCGGAGCCCUUCGAGUACAUCGACGAGUGAGAGGCCUCACCCUACAGGCGGUGACCUCAGCAUGUCCAGGACCACCCCUCUCCAGAUGCCCACCUCUUUUCCUUUUUUAUGUUGUUUCCUCCACUUGACCUAUCACGGCCUCUUGAGGGAUGUUUUACAUGACAGAAUUCAGUCAUUACAAUAAAUCUAAAUGUUGAACCUGA